AUGAACACGCUCAUCAACGACGACCGAGGUACCUCGUCACCUUCGAGACCUUUUGAACUCCCCGCCAGCAACCAGCGACUCCUGGGUCCCCCGCACCCAGCAAACACCGUCCUCCCACUCGCCCUCCGCCCUUCACCCAGCACCCCCAAACCAACCCUCGAAGCAGUGCUCACCACCAUCCACACCCUUCAAAAAGAACACCACCUAACAAAGCACCUCUCCUGCCACGGCGCGCUCCUCUUCCGCAACCUCCCAAUCCACAACGCAGAAGAUUUCAGCGCCUUUGCGCAGGCCUUCAACUUCGCCCCGCACGAGAUAAUCGGAAUCGUAGUCGACCGGCCCGUCCUCGCACCAAACUCCCUCACGCACCAGAAUACAUCUUUUUCUACGGGCACCGCCCCCCCCCCCCCUGAGGGAAGCGGGGGCGAGACGCCGCUCUCGUCGUCGCUGGAGCUCUUUCGGCGGGCGCAGCGCGAGAUUCCGUCGUUCAUUGAUAACAUCGCCGAGAAGGGUAUCCUGAGUCGCGCGUUUGGCAAGGAGUGGGUGGCUGGAGACGAUGAGGCAACGAAGCGGAGGAAGGUCGAGGCGCAGAUCCGUCGGUAUGGGCGUGGGGAGCAUACGACUUGGGAGUGGUUGCAGGAUGGGAGUGGGCGGAUGAAGUUGGUGCUAGAGCACCGUCUGCCUGCUAUACGGACGCAGCCCGGUAGGAAUCUCCCUGCCUUGUUUACGGGGCUAGCGGCGUAUUGGAAGCGCGUGCAGGUGGCAGAUGCGCGAGGGAAGGGGACGAGGCAGCUCUUUGGGGAUGGGUCGCCUAUUCCGGAGGAGGAUUUGGAGGCUUUGGCUAGUAUUACGGGGGAGAUACGUGUGCUGCAUCGCUGGGUGGAAUGUGAUGUGCUCGUUAUUGAUAAUCUUGUCGCGCAGCAUGGGCGUGAGCCGUGGCGCGGCGAGCAGGCGGAUCGCAUUGUGCUGGCGAGUUUGUUUGAUGGCCCGGUUGUGCCGGGGGCGUAUGGCUUCGGGGAUUGGGCGCAGGUCGUUCAGGCUGCGGAUUAG